ACGGAGACCUCGUGACAGAUAAUGACACUGGGAAAGGUGAUUGUUAUUUUAGUCGUCCUCGUUUCGGCCACUGACUCUCUGGCGGAUUAUCAUCAUCGCUCAAGGCGAUCGAAUAACGAAUAUAUACUGCACAGAUGUACAGCUACCGCGGAAUUAAUUAGAAGGCACAGGAAUGAGGAGGUCGGCGCUAGCUCGCGUAGAGCCGAGGACUCGGCGCAAUCGCAAGAAAAAGGCUCCCCGAUCGACGCCAUUCAGUCCGAAGCUUCCAAGCAAAUUUCGAGCGGCGUUUACCGACGUAUGACUCACAUGAGGAGACGCGGUACCGGGCACGCACGUCGGAUCACGGGCAAACAUUUCGUAGACACACCCCUCAAGACCGUGAACAUCGACAUGCCACAGGACAGACCGCCGGCUUUCAAGAAGAAGAGCCCGCUGCCGGAACUCGCGCGCAACGUGUCCGGCAGAAAGAUCGAAUCGUCGCCGCAUGUAAUAAUUAUCAAAUCUGCCACCUAACAUUCAAUUUAUGCUGCCGCAGACUCUAUCGCGCAUCGGCGUGACUGCGUAAUGCACGAUUAUCUGUAACAAUACCGAAGAAACUUUUAUGCCGCACAUCAUUUAAGCGUGCGCACAACCUUUUGGAAUAAUUUAUCGAUCCUGCAUUAUCACAGACCAUCAAUUAUUUGCGAUAACCGCGGCCUCUCGAAGCAAGAUUGUUUUUCUAAUCGUAUAAAAACUCCCGACAACUAAAUACUGCGUCAAAUAAAGAGACUUCAAACACA